AUGAAAAAUAAUACAAAUAAUAAAUUCAGAAAGAGUACAAAUGGCAAUGAGUUAAGGGAAAAAAAAUCAAAUGGAAUAUUGAAUACAAAAAAUAAGAAAAAUAAUAUAGAACAAAAUUUUAGUAAAAAAUUUAAUAAAAUUAACGUAGAAUAUACAAAUGAAAAGAUUCAAGAAAAAAAAAUAUUUAAAAAAAAAAGAAAUACUAAUGAAAUAGGUAAAAAAAUUUCAAAAGAAAAAAAGGUAAAAAACUGUAAAUCUAUAAAAGAAAACGGUAAAAAGAAAAAAAUAGAAUUAAAAGAUAAAAAAAGUAAUUUCAAAGAGAAGAGAAAAGAAACAAACAAUGAAAAAUGUAUUAAAAAUAAUGAAGAUAGUUUAAAAAAUGCUAAUGAUAAUUGCGAUAAUAAUAUAAUAGAUAAAAAUUCUUUGUGGAGUGAUUUAUACAUAUCAAGACCAUUUUUAAAAGUAUUAUAUGAGUUAAAAUUUAACAAUCCUACUUUUAUACAAAAAGAUGUUAUACCAUUGGCAUUAGAAGGGAAAAGUAUUUUAGCUAAUUCAGAAACGGGAUCAGGAAAAACUUUGGCCUUUGUAUUACCGAUAUUAGAAAGAUUAUUACAUAGUCCUAAUAUAAUAAUGAGAAAAAAUAAUCCAAAAAGCUUAUCUAUAACAAAAAGUUUAAUACUUCUACCAACAAGAGAACUUGCUUUACAGUGCUAUGAUGUUAUCAGAUCAUUAACAAAAUACGUUUUAAUUACAUAUUCUCUAUUUUGUGGAGGAAUCGAUAUAAAACAGCAAGAAUAUGAAUAUAAAAAAAAAAAAGAUAUAUUUAUAUGUACUCCUGGUAGAAUUUUAGAUUUAUUACUAAAUUCUUCAAGUGAUUUUAUUAAUUUUUUAGAAAUUGUUGUUUUUGAUGAAGCUGAUAAAUUACUUGAAUUAGGAUUUAAAGAAGAAUGCUUAAAAAUAUUAGACGUAUGUAAAUUUAAAAAGCAAAUUUUAUUUUUUUCGGCGACUUUAACAAAUGAUAUAAAAGAAUUAGUAAACUUUUCUCUAAAAAACCCUAUUUUUAUUCAAAGUGGUCAAAAUUUUGAAAUGGAUAAGAAAUUUACUAAAAGUGAUAAAAUUUUAAAAACUUUUAAAAUAUCUGAAAAUUUAAAACAAGAAUUCGUAAAUAUAGUACAAGAAAAAUACAGAAAAGCUGCCUUAUUAUAUUUGUGUAAUAACAUUUAUAAAAAUCAUGCUAUAAUUUUUUUUAAAACAAAAAGAGAAACUCAUUUAAUGUAUACAAUAUUCAAAAUGCUUAAUUUUAAAUGUGCAGAAUUACAUGGAUCACUAACUCAAAAAAAAAGAAUAGAAUCUAUUUUAAAAUUUAAGAAAAAAGAAGUUAAUUUCUUAUUAACUACUGAAUUAGCAUCAAGAGGAUUAGACAUUGAUCAUGUUCUUUAUGUUAUUAAUUAUAAUAUACCUUCUAAUGUUAUUAAAUAUGUUCACAGAAUAGGUAGAACAGCGAGAAUUGGAAAGGAGGGAACUGCUAGUACUUUAUACUUACUUAAAGAAAAAAUUCAUGUUAAGAAAAUAAUUAAAGGGUUAAAAAAAAAUAAAAAUUUAAAAAUUUUUAAAAGAAAUAUUGCUAAAGACAAUAUUCUACAUUGGUAUAAUAUAUUAAAAAAAAAUAAAGAAAAGAUAAAAAAAACAUUAGAACAGGAAAAAACAGAGAAAGAAAUAGAAAAGUCUCAAAAAUCAAUAGAAAAAAUAAAAAACCUUAUAACAUAUAAGGAUGAAAUAUUAAAUAGGCCUCCAAGAACAUGGUUCUUAACUAAAAAAGAAAAAAUAGACUUGAAAAAAUCUACAAAAAAAAACAACGAAUUAUAUGAUUCUAUUAAUGGAAAAAAAAAAUUAUUCUUAAAUGAAAAUAAUAAAGAUUCUAAAAUUAAAAAGAGGGCAUAUAAUUUAGAAAAAAAUAGAAAAAUAAAAAAUAAUGACGAAGAAAAAAAAAAAUUAAAAAGCUAUCAAACGAUUAUAAAGGACUUAAAAUUAAAUAUUCUUCAUAACAAAAGUAAGUCAUCUAAGCAUAUUUUAAAGGAUAAUAAAAAUGAAGUAUUUAAAAAAAAUUACUUAAGUAUAAGAAAAAACUCUAAGAGGGUUAAAAAAAUGGAAAAAAAUAAUAAAAACUUUAGUAAAUAUUCUAAAAAAAAAAAUUGA